AGAUGUGUCACUUGAAGUUAGUUCUAACCUCACAUCUUCCAUAGAAGUAGUAAUAAGAAAUUUCUUGAUUAAUAUGAAUCAAGCAGAAAUUACCAAAUUAGUUUCUAAAUUAAGGAUAAGAGCAAAUCCUAGACUAAGAAAAUUCAGAAGCAUAGAGGGUCCUGAAGGUAGAUUAAAUAAACUUCGAAAAACCGUAACUGCUUUAAUCAAACAUGAGAGAAUCGAAUUAAAUUAUCCCAGAGCAGAUGAGUCUAGAAUGUAUGCAGAAAGAUUAAUUUCAGAUGCCAUAAGAUACGGAGACUGUCACAAAACAACAAUGGAAAUGGCUGAUUACUGGUUAUUAGAAAAACAAUUAGUGCACAAGCUAUUCAAAGUACUUGCACCUCGUUACGAAAAUUAUACAAUUUCUUAUACUCGUUUAGUAAAGGUACCAAAGUUAGAUGGGGCAACUAGAGAUAAAGCAGUACUAGAAUUGAGAGGCAACCCUUAUCCUUCUUUAAACCCGGAAAACAAUUCCAAAAGUGAAUUAUUACACAAUGUUCUUUUAUCUGAAGCUAGGAAAGCUUAUAGAAUGGAAAAAUAUAAAGAAAUUGCUGCUAAAGUGGAGGGAAAUAUUAAAGAAAAUAGUCAAAGUGCUUCUAAUGUAGAAACAGACAGUAAGGAACCAAAUGUUCAGCAGAAUAUUAAUGAUGAACCAAAAUUAGACCAAAAAGAUACAGAUAAAAAGAUUGAUGGUAAAGAGUGAAUGCUAAAGUUAGAUUUAUUAAUUUUAAUUUGAUAACGUUUAGUCCUAUAUAUUGUUCUCAUACAAGUACAUUUACUAAAUAAAUCUGUUGAAUCAUUUGAAGUGGGCAUUAAUUUGUGAUAGAAGGAAAUAACUUUUUUUGAAUUUUCGUUUUAAUAUUAAUAAUAAUUUUUCUUUAUACCUCAGUCAAAUGUAUCUACUUUCCAUCCUAAUAGCAGGGAUGAAAGUUCCAUUUACUCCACGUGAGAAUUAUGCAUGUGCAUUACAUACACAGUCCAAAAAUUGCGAAGAACCCCCGUGCUUCAUGGUGAUCAGGACUGAGAUUAUUGGGUUUUAACUUGAAUUCUAUUAUAAUUUAUUACAAUAAUUCAGUUAUUGACAUUUCAGAAUUGAUAUUGGAAACAAUUGAACUAUAUCAUUGAAAAAGUGACUUCAUUAAUUUGGUAUAUUUAGAAUGACAUUAUGUGAUAGGUAUAAUAAACUCAUAUGUUGAAGAAAGAAGGAAACUGAAAUAUAAACUUCGAGAGGUGCUCUCUGGACCCGGUUAUAACUCUUCACUAGCUUCUUUAUUGAACACUGUCAUUCCAAGAAGCACCUGAUUAGAUUAGGUCUUGCAAAAACUGAUAAGUGAAGAUUCUAUGGGGAAGAGCAUGAAACUCUGGUUCAUUUGAUUGUAGAAUUACUUACCACAUACAAAAAAUUUUUAGGACAAACAAUUUUAAUCCAGUACAGAUACUGUAGUUUGUUAGAAAUAUGGAACUGGAAGGUGAGCUGUAGAUAACUAAAACAACUUUGAUAAGGGAGUAUAAUAGACCUUAUUCCUUUAAACAGAACAUUCGUCUGUCAGACAGAUAUAGUUUACAGAUUUGGUACUAGACCUCGCUAGGAAGCGAGUAAAGGGGUAGGGUUUCGUAUAUGCCUCAGUCUUAUCCCAUUCCUCACUGAUACUGGAUUUUUGGUGCCUUUCACAGGACCCUAAGAAGGUUUUCUUGUAUUUGACUGAUAGUAAUUACAAAGGUUAAUUAUUUGUCCUUUUAUUAGGUACUUUUUUGUGAUAUUUGUGUCUCUCAAUCUCACAUCCAAUCAUUUGCAAAUUACACUCAGGUCCUACACUACUUUAAUCCUGCAGAUCCAGAUGCAGCAGCUACAUCAUACUACAGGUCAUACAUAGUUUUUCGUGCAAAAAUACAUAAUGAACAUGUGAGACAUAAAAAUCUGUUAAUAUGCGCUUUUUCAAGAAAGUUUCACGUGUUUAGCUGUCAAAGGUUAUAAUGCUCUCCACGAGGGCCUCAAAUUGUGUGGCAUCUAUUUUCUAAUCUAAAACCAUUGUUUACGAGUAGCAGUAUUGGAGUUGCGAAAUAGAACAAGAUGAGUGCAGUCAAUGGAUCCAAUUAUCCCAGGUACAUUAUAUUUUGGAAAGAACCUCAAACAUUUCAAAUUUAUAUUCAACUGAAAAUGAAUAAUAAGUCAUUUUUUCCUUACUUUCUUCUAAUAUCAUUUACCUCAGGAAUUGUUUGGAGGAAUUUUAUGAAUGCAUCAAUUAUUUCCUUUCUAUUGAAUACCUCAAUAAUUUUGUGAAUGCAUCGACUCACCGAUGGAUUAGGAGGUACCCAUACAAUAAUUAUUACCUACAUCUUGGUAGUAACUACCAGCUCCAAAAAACUUCAAUGCUGCCAAUAACUAAAUGAAAUCAUUUCAUUUUAACAUUUAGAUAGCAUCGAAAACUUUUAAUAGUAUAUCAAUUUUAUAUUAAAUACCUAACAGCUACAUAGUUGCAAUAAAUAUAAAUCAAAACCAAAUAAAAAGUUAAACAGUUCUUACUACUAUAGUUUUUACAGGUUCGACCAGAUAUAUUCUUAUUGUAUCAAAACAUAUCUGAAAGUUUCUUUGAUUAACUGAAAUAUUUUUUUAAAUUGGUGUAACAUUCUCCUACAUUUUUAAAGGAGUUAAUGGAAAGAAUCUCUGAAAAUGCUGCCUCCAAUUUAAUUUUAGGAAUUAGAAAAUGUUGCAUUGUACCUUGUGAUGUAAGCCCUCUAAUAGAAAUUUUAGGUGUUUGCAAUAUUAACAAACCUAGGAAUGAAUAUGAUAGGAAUAAAAACGAAAUAGAAAAUUCAUUUAUAACCUAUUGACAGUGCCAGCUGGAAAAAGCAUUGCACACGGCGAAAUAAGUUCCACUGACCUGCCUGCGGGAAUUUCCGGAACUUCAAAAGAAAAAGAACAAGCGACUGACGAUGUUUCUGAAGAAGACGUGCCGUUCUGUGGUCCACUUCUGACAUUCGGAGAGUCUGAUGUCGACAUAGAUAAAGUAUGGGAUAUGGAGGAAGAGAAUGAUUUUAGCAAAAAACUAAUUUCUUACUACUUCAGUAAAACCACUGCUCAGCAAAUUAAAGAAUCUGGACUGUAGAAUGGUUGGUGAAUACGUUCUGUAUCUGUACGAAAACGACGUGUAUCCUGGAGAAAUAACUUCGGUGGACGAAGAUGGUUCUAUCAUUAAUGCCAUGGUUAGAGCAUUAUAAUUUUGGAAGUGGCCUCAAAACGUGAUGAAGUUUGGUACACAUGGGAUCAAAUACAAAAUGUGGCAUAUAUACCGUACGAGAAUGUGACAAACCGUGGUGGAAUUAUUUUUUUUUUUAAUUUUUUGGAUUUAAGUAACUUUAGAUAUAAUAAAUAUGUUUAUUCCAUAACGUUUUAUAUAUUUUGUAGGCAAUAGGCAAUAAACGACUACAAUAUUGA